GCUCCGGUCUCGCAGCUCAGCGCGUUUGCUCGCCUCGGUCAGUGUGUGUUUGGUUCACCGUAGCGCUGAUCUCAACCGACGGUCAACGAACAUGUCUGUGGCUUUCGCACAGCACCGGCAGCGCGCCAAGGGCGAUAUAACGCCUGCCGGGAUACAAAAGUUACUGGAUGAAAACAAUCAGCUGAUCCAGUGCAUCAUGGACUUCCAGAGUAAAGGGAAAACGGCUGAAUGUUCACACUACCAACAGAUGUUACACAGAAAUCUGGUGUAUCUGGCCACAAUAGCAGACUCUAACCAGAACAUGCAGUCUCUGCUUCCCGCGCCGCCCACUCAGAACAUGCCCAUGAAUCAAAGUGGCGCGACUCCUCAGCUGCCCCAUGGCCACAGUAUGCCCCCCGAGGGGCCGCCCGCCGCACACAUGCAGAGCCAGAUGAACGGACAGAUACCAGGUCCGAACCACAUGUCCAUACAGGGCCCGGGACCCAACCAGACGCCCAGCAUACCCAGUGGCUCCAUGAACAUGCCGGCCAGCAGCCAUGGCUCCAUGGGGGCGUAUAACCACGCAGUGCCCUCCUCGCAGGGCUUGCAGUCACAGGGGCAAAUGAACAUGAGCCAGGGGCAGCCCAUGGGUAAUUACGGCCCUCGGCCCAACAUGAACAUGCAGCCCAAUCAGGGGCCCAUAAUGCACCAGCAAGCUCCUUCCCAACAGUACAACAUGCCUCCUGCUGGUGGAGGUGGGCAGCAUUACCAGGGGCAGCAGAACCCCAUGGGCAUGAUGGGACAAGGCAAUCACGUGAUGGGGCAGAGGCCCAUGCCCCCCUACAGGCCGCCACAUCAAGGACCUCCUCAGCAAUAUGCUGGUCAAGAGGAAUACUACACGGAGCAAUACAGUCAUGGAGGACAGGGAGCACCAGAGGGAAACGCACAGUAUGGUCAGCAGCAAGAGGCGUAUCAGCAGGGUCCGCCGCAGCAGCAGGGUUACCCGCCGCAGCAGCAGUACACCGGACAGCAGGGAUACCCCGGACAACAGCAGGCCUAUGGUCAGUCUCAGGGCGCUCCCAGUCAGUACCCAAACUACCCCCAGAGCCAAGGGCAGCAGUAUUCAGCCUACAGACCCCCACAGCCCGGCCCACCACAGGGACAGCCGCAGCGCCCCUACGCGUUUGACCAGGGGCAGUAUGGCAACUACCAGCAGUAGAUGAUGAGGAUUCGACUGCCCGCCCUUGCGUCUCCCAUUUGGAGCUGUGUGUGAUCCGGUGACGGGCCACUGCGCUCUCGAGAUCUCUAUACAUCGCCUAUGAAGAGAUGAAUCUUCCCCGCUAAUGCAGACUGAACUCUUCAUUCGGCCACAAGCAUUUGAACAAACUGAACAAUGAUUGGCUCGAUAUCAGCACAGGUGAUCUAAUUGUGAAACGCCACAAAACACAAUUGACAAAAAAAAAGAAAAAAAAAGAAAACGUUCAUAUUUUAAGAAUUUCCUGUCGACUCGUAUGUGCAUUUUUAGGUUUAAAAGAAAAGCAAUUCAUAGCAGCAAUGCCUUAAGUGAAACAGCUGCCUUAUUUACAGCAACUUACAAAAUCAGUGAAAAUACAUAAACAUAUACACACACAGCAAUGUGCAUAAGCUAUGGGAACGUGUUUUGUUUUAUAAUAAAAUUCAAUGUGUGUUGUUGUUGUUGUUUUCUUCUCCUCUCCCGCAAAUGUCAGAGAAGCAAUAAUGCUGAGGUGCGAAUGAAGGCUAGCGGAGAGGGGGAAAUGGUUUUAAAUUUCAGGUUCAAAACUAUGCUAUGAUGUAUAAAUGUAUUUUAUGCUUUAUCAAAUAGAGCUCAGAUUGAGUCCAGGUGUUGAACAGUAGCUCAAAGUGUUGUCCCGUGUGCUUAUUGACUGUAUUGAAUUAUUUUUUUCUUGUUGUUUUGUUUUUGGAGGUGGGACGUUCCAUUUAAAAUAUGUAUGUCUUGCUGAAAUUUGAUUAAAACGAUCUGGUACUGUA